UGAUACAAACGCACCCUCCUCUCUGCACUUCUUGUAAACCAGCUGCUUUCACUGAUGAUGGGGCCGAGGAAACAGGACAGACACUGAUUGGUCAUGUGGCUCACAGCAGAUGUUUUCAUUGGUCACUUCACUGACUGUAAGGAGCUGAACUUUGUACAACUCUGACACUGUGCGGCUGUGCAGAGAAAGAAGUUAAACCUUCUCGCAAAUUAACAACGAUCAAAGUGCCUCAUACGGGAGCGCUAUGGAUAAUCCAUUUGAUUAUGAAAAGAUUAAAAAAAUUAAAGAGGAGCUGCAAACCAAUGGACCUGAUGCAGCAGCUGCAAAGAUCCAGGAGUAUCUGGAUGAGCGGGAUAAUAAGCCACUAAAUAUUGCAAUCACUGGAGAGACAGGCUCUGGUAAAUCCACCUUUGUUAAUGCCUUCAGAGGCAUACUAGAUGAAGAGGAUGAGAGAGCUGCCCCUACUGGUCCUGUAGAAACCACCUCAGAGGCUACACCAUACCCCCAUCCCAACUAUCCCAAUGUCAUACUAUGGGAUCUUCCUGGUAUUGGCACCACCAACUUUCCAGCUGACAAGUACCUGAAGAGUGUUGGAUUUGAAAGGUUUGACUUCUUCAUCAUCAUCUCAGCUGAUCGCUUCAGAGAAAAUGAUGUGAAGCUCGCUCAGGAGAUUCAGAGGAUGGGGAAAAAGUUCUACUUUGUUCGCUCAAAGAUUGACAAUACCGUACGUGAUGAGGAAAGACGCCUGAGGUCAAAGUUCAACGAAGAAAGGACUCUUAAACAAAUCAGGGACAACUGCAUUCAAGGUCUUGAAAAAUUAGAUAUUGCGUCUCCACAAGUCUUCCUGGUGUCCAGCUGUGAGCUCCACCUCUAUGAUUUCCAUCUGUUAGAGGAGACCCUGGAGAGAGAACUUCCUGCACACAAGAGGAACACUCUGCUGCUGGCCAUGCCCAAUGUCAAUCCUGAGACCAUCAGAAAGAAGAAAGAGGUCUUUGGGUCUAAAAUCAAGUACCUUGCCUCUGCAUCUGCACUCAUAGCAGCUGCACCAGUUCCUGGGCUCUCUUUUGCCACUGAUGUAACCAUGCUGGUUGCUACCAUCAUUGAGUACAAAGUUACAUUUGGUCUUGAUAGCAAGUCACUGCAGAGUCUUGCUCUUAGUGCACGCGUGCCUUUGGAUGAUCUUAGAUCAGUGAUGACAUCACAACUGGGUUUAAAGGAAAUAAACAAAGAGCUUAUCAUUAAGAUGUUGUGCUUGUCUGUAAGUGAUGCUGCAUUAAUGGCAGCAGAGGAAGGGUUCAGAUUUAUUCCAUUAUUUGGAAUCCCAGCGGCAAUGAUUGUGUCUUUUAUCUCCACCUACAAAGCUCUUCAUACUUUCCUCGACAUGCUCGCUGAGGAUGCACAGAGGGUGUCCAAAAAGGCCCUGGGUUUCAGCACCUCAGUGUGAUCAUAAAGGUGAAUGGAAAUGUGGCACGAUUAGAACUCUUAGUGUACAAUGUAAUCUUACUGUAUGUACAGUGUACAAAUCAGAGUGUUCUGAUCAUGUUGCAUAUUUAAUCAAACACAUUGAGCAAAUCAGGUAGUGUAAUGCUUACUGUCUGAAUACUUUAUAUUAAUCUGAAUGAAAUGAAGGCCUCUGAGUGAUCAAAUAAAAUGUUCAUUGAAAUGUACUAAAAUUAGUGAUUUUGUCUUUACAUUAUCUUAGUGAGCUCUCCAUCUCAUGUUCUAUAAGGUUGUACAAACAAAAUAUUCUGUUCCCACAUUACCAUCUUGUAGAUGUAUGCUGUCUUUAUGGUACUGUAUAUUAACAUAUUUAGUUAAAAUGUACACACAAUAAAUAAACUGACUCAAACCUCA